CGUGUACUUCGUAUCAUGGCCAUCGAAUUCGAAAUUCAAAACCCUAGCCAUCUGCAAAUUUUACACAUCUUUGGUUUUGUGAUCUCCCCUAAAUCUUAAUACUAAAAAAUGGCGUUUUUCCCCGGAAAUUUCAUUUGCAAAACUGCAGUUCAAUAUCAAUACCGAGUAUUUCUGAUUCCCUGGGUCAAAAGAAACAGCAGGUUAAACUGUUCAAAUGGCAGAGACUACAAUGCUUCAGUUCCGGUGAGGUACAUUCCCAAGAAAUCUUCAAAAUGCGAAGAUUCAAAAGCUACUUCUUUGCCGGCGAAGCAUUUGAAGCACAGAGAAAAGCUUGAUACAGUUUCAGAGCUGAAUGUGCAGAGAGUUGAGUUCUCCAACAAUUCGCACCGGAGCUUUGUUUUGAAUCCUAAGACCCUGCAGCAUGAUCGGAGUCCUAUUGGAAACAUGCAUUGUGGUGUUGAACUUGAAAAUGAAGAAGAAAUUGAGGGCAAUUUUGGAGAUUUGGGCUGUGAAUUGAUGGAAGAACCUCUGGAGGUCUCUGAGGAACUCAAAGUUAAUCAUGGGAAGGAUCCUGGCAAAAAAAUUAUGGGGAUUCGAGCUGGUAAAAGUAAAGAAGAAGCGGAAAAGUUGGCUAUUGGAUUACUUGCAACAAGAGCAUUUACAGCUAUGGAGAUGAAGAAAAAACUACUAGGAAAGGGGUUUCCACUUGAUAGUGUUGAUUCAGUGGUUACAGACUUCCAAAGCAGGGGUCUGUUAGAUGACUGUUUAUAUGCGGAAACAUUUUGUCGAUCCAGAUGGUCUUCCUCAAGCUGGGGUCCUCGACGAAUUAAGCAAGCAUUAUUGAAGAAGGGAGUAAAGGAAAUAGUUGCAGAGAAGGCAAUAAAACUAGUUUUCGUGGGUGGUGAAUCUGGUCUAGAUCAAGAUUCAAGAAUUGGUAUGUCUCAGGCAUCUAUUGAUCGUCUAUGUCAUCAGGCCUCAAAGCAAUGGUUACGAAGUCGUGAUGUGCCUCUAGAGACUCGAAAAUCAAGAAUUGUUCGAUGGCUUCAAUAUCGGGGAUUCAAUUGGAAUGUUGUUGCUAUUGUACUGAAGAAGUUAGAGUCUGAGCAUCUUUCAUGAUGCAGCCUCAUUGUUUACUGUAUUUCAAAUGGGUUAGAGAUCCUAACAGUAAUUUUGCCUAUAUUAUUGGUAGGAGGCUGUUGGCAGGAUCUAGAUAUGUAAUGGAGACUGGAAUAAUGAUUUAAAGUUUGAUAUGUGAUACAAGUCAGAAAUUGUACACCUUUGUUUCACUUCAA